AUGUAUGUUGGGACGCGGGAGCGCGCCCGGAGCCCGCGGACGCUGGGCGGGAGCCGGGUGCUCCUGGACCGGCUCCCGGAGGAGCAACGCGGCCUGGGGCCUCGGCGACCGCUUGCUGUCGCUUCUGCUGCCAACGCCGAGCAGGUUGACUGGACCCAGGUCCUUAGGUCAGUCUGCUACCAGGAGGCUGAUAUGGUGCAGUCAGGGGCGAGGGCGGUGGUGACGGUGGAGGAGCAGGCUGACAAGGAGAAAUUCUUUGCAAGAAGCCUGUGCAGCAGAGGCUUCCCCCAGGCCAGGCAGCAGUGGAGAUUAGAGCAAGUCCACUGGCUCUCCCAGGGCAGCCCCCCUCCUCUGCCGAUGCCACGGGUGCUGCUGCCUGCUGUCCAUCCCAGCAGCGCCAUCAACCACCCAGAGCCCACUGCGGCCACCCCGGAGCUGCGGGGGUCCUCCGCCAGUGCCUCGGCGUCACCUGGCCGGGCCCCAGGCGCUGGGGGUCCGGUGGAGGGCGGCCCUCUGACCCCUGACGCACAGCGGCUGGCUCCAGGAGCCACAGGAGGCAGGGGCGUCUCCACUGUGUGUGGGAAACCCAAGGUGAUAGGGAAGGUCUACGGCAGCCAGAACACGGUGGUGGGCCAGUGGCCAUGGCAAGCCAGCCUGCUGUACCAGGGGUCGCAUGUCUGUGGAGCCACCCUCAUCAACUCCCGCUGGCUGGUUUCUGCUGCCCACUGCUUUCUCAAAAAAUCUCAAUUCCUGGAGAACUACCGGGUCUUGUUAGGAAACACCCAGCUGUACCAGCACACCAGGCACACCCAGAAGAUACCCGUGAGCCAGAUUAUCGUGUACCCAGACUUUGAUAAGUUUCACCCUUUUGGGAAUGACAUAGCCAUGUUGCAGCUGCUCUUUCCUGUGAACUUCACCUCCUACAUCAUCCCCGCCUGCCUCCCAGCUCCUUGCAUGCAGCUGCCCAGGCCUCUGCUCGAGCCCUUCCGUCUCCAGGAGGGAAAGGGGGGCCUCGUUGAGAACAAGUUCUGCAAUAUGUUAUAUGAACAAAGAGUUGGCCAAGGCAGGAACUACUCUGUGCACGAGGAGAUGCUGUGUGCUGGGGACUUCUCGACAGAAAAAGCCAUCUGCCGCGGUGAUUCUGGGGGACCCCUUGUCUGCAACCUCACCGAUGCCUGGGUUCUGGUGGGGCUGGCCAGCUGGGGCUUGGACUGCCGACAUCCCAUCUACCCCAGCGUCUUCACCAAUGUCUCCUACUUCAUUGACUGGAUGGAUGAGAUCCAGAGGCUCACACCGCUCCGUGAUGCCAUGUCUGCGCCUCCUCAGACCCAGUUUCCACACCAGCCUCUGCAAGCUGCUGGCUCGCCGGGGCCUGGCACAGGCUUUGUGCCCCCACAGCCUUGGCCCCUGCUGCUGUUUCUGCUCCAGGCCCCACGGCAGGCCCUGUGGUGACCUGCCAAGCCCCUCUGCUCCUUCCCUGUGUCUCAGACCCCAGUCUCCUUGCUGGAAUUUUCCACCCCUCCCCUCCCCCAGCCCCAUCAGCUUUCAGAGGUUCCUUCUUGGCUUUCCAGUCCAACAGCUGCCACUCCCCAAACCAAGCCUGAAAAGUCAAAUAAAAACAAAUGAAAGACUCA